AUGGCCACCCCUUUCCCCGCGUCGUCCAAAGAUUCCCGCCAGGAUGUACUCGACGGAGACCACAAGCACACUUUGAUUGAUCGCUUUUGGGGAAUCUUCUCGGUUGGCCUUCCGACGAAGAAGCGGUCUUUGCAGAUCCAGGAAGAGCCCAAUGGUGACUCGUCGCCAUGGACUAUCCCCGUCUAUGUACUUUCAACUCGCCAGGACAAGGACAAGCACCAAAUCGCAGUGCAAGCAAAAUGCACCAUCGAUACUGGCAACAUGCAAGGCAACAUCGUCUCACGAAAAUUCAUCGAAAUGCUUGGGUAUCCAGAGUCCGCCAUCGCUCCCUUGACCAAAGAAGAGGAAGCCGGGGCCACUAGCGUAACUGGACAUCGGCUCAUUCCCCAAGGUGCAAUAAACUUAACCUGGUACCACAAGAAGAGUACUCGCGUGUUUCGCGAUACACGUUUUCUCAUCUCUCCCAACGAGCAUUACGAUCUUAUUAUUGGUGCUUGGUCCAUCCAAAAAGACAGGAUCCUGGAUGUGCCGAACUUGAUGCUUGAUAUAAUCACAUUCACGCGACUCAUAGACCUUGACCUGGAUUCAGCGCAUGAGGAUGUGCGCAACAGAAGAUAUAAAGUCAAAGAUCAAGUGGCCCAAUUGAGGAACGACAUCAACAACGCACGCAAACUUGGAGAAGAGGGAAGUAUUCCUAAGUACGAACAAGAGCAAAAAGAUCUAAAUAAGGAAUAUGCAAUUUGGACUAACCCGGGGUGGAGCGACGAUGAAAAGUUGGGCCACGUAAAAACUUUGAAGGCAGACCUUAAGGCAAAACUGGUACUAUCAGAGCAGAAUCGCGAAGUCGAGACCGAAGAUGCCCCUCCGCCUUACAAUGACAAGCAAAGCUUGGAUAAGAAAACUUCUAAAUAG